UUCAGCAAUAUUUCCAUGCGGGGUGGAAAUGGUCUGAAGAAAACCUUCCUGGAGAAGGAGCCCGAGAUCUCAAAGUCCUUGAAAUACGCCCUCAGCCUUUACACUCAACCCACAGAUGCCUUGAUCAAGAAAUAUAUAUGCACCCAAACCUCUCAAGGUCAGUCCACGUCUGGGUCCAUCGGGGAGGUCGCCAUCCAGGUGGACCUGAUCUCACACCCCGGCACUGGAGAGCACAAAGUCAGCGUCAAAGUUGUGGGUGUGAACAAUAUCAACUGGCAGACGAAUGCCAUGUUUCGCCCCUUCGUGGAGAUCAGCGCCAUCGGCCCGCACCUGGCUGACAAGAAACGCAAGUUUAGCACCAAAACCAAGAACAACAACUGGUCUCCAAAAUACAACGAAACAUUCCAGUACGUGCUGAGUAAUGAACACGGCCCAGAGGCCUACGAGCUUCACAUCUCCGUGAAGGACUACUGCUUCGCCCGAGAGGACCGGAUCAUCGGCAUGACGGUCCUGCAGCUCAGAGAACUGGCCGAGAAGGGCAGCUUGAACGCCUGCUAUCCGCUCGCCAGGAGCGUAAACAUGGACGAAACCGGUCUGACCAUCAUGAGAAUACUCUCGCAAAGGACCAACGACGAAGUGGCCAAAGAGUUCGUACGUCUCAAAUCAGACACGCGGUCGGCCGAGGAAGUGUCGUAGAGAAGACCGGUCAUGUUUGUUUUCGUGCAUGUGUGUAAAACAUCUGUUGGAAUGUUCAUUUUAAACUACACGUACGUACAGAAGUGUUUACCUACCGUAUGCUCUCUAUUAAAUAUUAUAUUCUACGGAGUUAUGUUCAAGAGACAGUUUUGUAUGACGAUUAGUCUUUUUGAACAGAUCUCGUAUUUGUUCAGAUAAAGUGCCAAACCUGAUGAGUUAAAAAAAACAAAACAGAACAAAAAAAUAAUAAUAGACUAAAUACAAACGCAUAUGAAGUAUUGGUGACGUUUGCUCGAUUCUUUUGUCCGGUGUAUAUCAUCCUCUCUUUAAGUGUGUAGAUGUUUUGUUUGUCUUCAUUCGGUUCAUUCGCACCGUUUUUGUUUGUUCGUUUGUUUGUUUUUUUGCAUUUUUAACACACGGCACUGGUGGUGCAUGUCUCGUUUUCUCGGUGAUGUCUCUCUUCCAUGUGUUCAUCAGCUCGGACCUGCUCCCCUCCAACGUUUUGUAUUUGAGUCAACUUUAAAAAGAGACCAUUUUUUUAAAAUGGCGAUGACUGCUACGAAUCUCUUCAUAAGUGUUUGUAAUUUUAUAGUCGUUGACAACAAUGAAACCACCUCGAGUGCUGCCGGUCCAGGCAGGAGGGGUGGGAUCUUUUUUUUGUUUUGUUUUCUCGUAGGUUUAGUUGCUUUACGUUUUCUUUUUUACCAUAGGCUUUCAGCCUUUCUGAAUUAUCACUGUGAACAUGGGCUCUGAAAGGCAAGCUUACAUCACAUUUGUUGACUGUUUGAUAUCAUCUUUUUAUUUUUUCAAACAAUUUUGAUUCUAAAAAAAAAAAAAAGAAAACUGCCAAAGUUAUAUGAAAAUGUUCAUACAAAAGCAAUCCAUGAUCUGUAUGGAAAUCAGUAUAUACUAUGUACACUUGCUACAUACUGUACAUUAUGUUUCUAGUUUUGCUGACUCAUUUCUGAUCGUCAGUGGGCCGGUUUUGAGUUUAUUUCGGGAUGAUUUCUGUGAAGUUGUUUUAUCUGGUAUGAACACGGUAAAUGUUGCUUUACAGAAGAGUCACAUCGAUCGCCGUCAUCUCAUUUAUUUUGGUUUACAGAGGAAAAAGUUUAACAUUUGGUAUUUAUGCAACAUUCCUAUGUAUUGCACUGAUGGCAAAUUGUAUGUCAUGUAAAUAUAUUUAGUGAGAAAUUGUA